CGCGCUUUCUCCGGUUGGCCUUCUUUUCCUUCUUGUCGCCUGCAUCGUACUCUUCGUCGUUGCCAUGGCCAUCGUUGUCGAUGUCGUUGUCGCCAUUGCCGCUGGGGGCAAAGUCGCCGUCCAGAUCAUCUCCGCCAGCACCAGCCGUCUCUCCGUCUUCCGAUGCUGCCGAUUUGUCCUCCGCUGCCCGCUUGCGCUUGACAGACUCCUUUUGCCUCUCCUUUUCCAGAUCAUCUCUCCGCCGCUUCAGCUUAUCCUGUCGGGCCGUGCUAUUGCCGCCGCCGCCCGCCGUCAGCUUCAAUGUUAACCUUGCGCGAGCCAAGCGGCAUAUGGUGGAACUUUAGCGCAUGCUUCAGAUCCGCAGCCGACCCAAACUCGACAAAGGCGAACCCCCUGGGACUGCACCUGUCUUCUUGUCUGUCAUCAGACGCACCGACAAAGGAUUGGCCUGCUCCAGGAACUCCUUCGAUCUCCUCCUUGGUCGUCUUGAACGACAGGUUGCCGACAAAGACAAUGAACCGCACCUGGUUGCCGGUCUCGCUGACCUGCGGCUUGAACUUCUCCUUCGGCUUAUUCUUUGCUGCCUCCUUGGCCUCCUUCUCGCGCUGCGCCUUCUUGGCCUUGGUCUUUUGCUUCUUUUUGUUAACUGUGUGGUCGUCAGCGGGUUUGUCAGAGUCAGCAUCCGGCUUGUCGUCCUUGACUGGCUUGUCAUCCUUGGCCGGCUUGGCGAUCUUGCCGCGGAACUGCAAGGCCUUGAGCUGCUUCUUUGUCAGUGCCAGCUGCGGUUUCUGCUCGUCGGCCAUUGUCCUGAAAUGUGUGCGAAAAAAAAAGUAGAGGGAAGGUGGAGAGGUCAAAAAAAAUAUUUUUUUGGCUGUCAGCAGUAUUUUUUAUUUGAUGAGCCGAGCCGGAGCCAUAGAGAUCCCUGAGCCAGGAAUGCGCCAGCCUAUUGUCUGAUCAUGUGCCUCGAGUUCUCGCUGGCCGGUCUAUUUAGUCGAAGCCAGCACGCUCCCCCCCGAUUGUUACCAGAAUGCACAAACACAAAUGCCCGAGUGAAGAAUAUGAGCA